ACUCUCCCGCACAGACGCGCACGCGGCUCGGCAGUGACACGAACAACGUUGCACAGCGCUCUCGCCCUGAGGGAGUGAAAAGAACCAGCGAGAGAGAGAGAAGGGGAGGACACAGAAAGAGAACCGAGGACAAGAGAGAGAGAAACACAGUGCCUCACUGUCUACUAUCUGACCCCUGAGCUUCCCUGAGAGCUGGGACGGUGAGAGGGGCCAAAGAGGACCCCGGGGGCCGGGUCAUGGAGGAGUAAAGAAGGCUCCGGAAAAACGUAAUCUCAAGGACUCCUCUCUCCCUUUCUACUCUUAACGCCUACACCCAUGUCUGGGAGCGUGAGGACCCUGAGGCUGGGGGCCCCAUUCCGGGUCCUGCUGUGGCCCCUGGCCUGUUCGCUGGCUCUGGCUGGGGGGACCUCACUCAGCCCCCAGCGUCCCCCCAGGACCGCCCCGAUUCCCACAGCCAAGGACUGGAGGAACGCCACGGAGACACAGACGGAAGUGGCGACGCAGGGUCCGGAGAACCAGACCAGGGCAGAGACGGACAUCACGACACAGACGGACUCCAGCACCAGCAACUACACAGGCCUGGCGUGUGUAUCGGUGCUUCCACCGCGCCGGGGUUCGUUUUACGUCGAGAGCGGCAACGGCGUUUCGGUUGGCACAGUGCUCGCCUUUUGGUGCCGCGAGGGAUACCAGCUGGUGGGCAGCGAUAAGAUCUCGUGCUAUGUACGAGCGGGUAAACCGCAGUGGAGCAACUACCUUCCAGUCUGUGAGGCCAUCCCCAGACCGGAGGACCGCGGGCUGCGCGUGGCCGUCCUGGCCUCGGUGGUCAGUGGCAUCGUCAUCCUCGCCAUGUCGCUGUCCUUCAUCAUCUGCUGCCUGCAGGAACGCAGUGGCCGGGACAGGAGCAGGAGAGACAGCAGGGGAAGGCGCAGAGAGAAGCGCUCCAGGCGGGGUGAGUGCUGGCUGGAGAGAGAGGAGGGGGAGUGGGACGCCUUCCCCCCUCCCAAGAUCUUCCAUCUGUCUCAGCAUCUGGACUCUCGCUUGGCCCCUGACAGCCCCCUCUACCUGGGGGGCAUGGCUGGCUACGAGAACCGCGGGUACCAAAGGAGCCAGGAGAGCCUGCUGAAGACCCCCCUACCCGGACUGUAUCGCUCCGAGAGCCAGAUGUACCCCCACAUGGUGCUCCAGAGGGUGCCCACCCCCACAGCUCCCUCCGCCCCCGCCGCCCCCGUCUACCUCCACAUGCCCCCCUCGACCUCCCCGUCCAACGCCGGGUCCCAGCCCCACCUCAUGGCCCCCUACUCCACCACGGCCUUCCCCAACCUUAACCCAAACCCCAAUAGCCCCCAGCGACCGUGGCAGUAAGGACCCUGGUUCCUCCUUCCCCUCUCUCUGUCUCCCUCUGGUGACCAUGGGUGGAAUCUCUGGCGCAGUCUGCGAAGAUGUCCGGCACCCUACACAGUGCAUUUCUUCGUACGCUAUUGUUGAGUACUAUGUAGGGUACAAGGUUUGUGUCUGAUUGGUGGUCUGAGAUUGGAUCCGCUGGUGAUCUGGCAGCCAGAGGAUGAUGGGUGAUGGUGUUUUCCUGCACAUGUACACAAACAAUAUGGACUGGACAAAGAGAGUGUCCGUUCUGGCACUUUCUUUCUGAAACCCUCUUCCUCUCACCAAGGAUUCCCUUUCUACUGUUUCUACAAACCUGCGUUCCGGUGACGUUUUCUUUCUAUCAACCUCUCUUUGUCCGUUGGUCGAACUAAAUAUUGGAACUUGUGAUUGUGGUGUCCGGGGUUUUAUCUUGCAACCUCACUUGCCGGUAGUCUGAUUGGUCGAACGGUCAUGAAGGAGACAUGAUUUGACGGUUUAUUAAAUGAGGAGGAGGUCAAUGUUGAGGCAGUGUCGUUGGAAAGAUUUUUAAUAAUGGCAGGACAAUGAGCCAACAUACUUGACCAAAAUCCAGCAAAGAUAAUUUACAAUGUCCAAAUGGAUAAAAUGAUAUGACUAUUACCAUUUUUGGCGUGUAUUCAUCUCGACAUGUUUCCGAGGUUUUAUGAUCAUCAUUUUCCCCUGAGUUUGUUUAACCGCUUAAAAAGAAACUUUGAAUUGUCCCUUUACUGCUGUGUAAAGUAGGUCUCCAUAUCUUUCCCGGGGUAUUUUUUUCUGCUAUUGUAGGAGACUCUGAUUCUCCUAGUUAGUCACCCUAACAAAAACCUGCACUUUAUAAACAUUAAGGAGUUGACGUCUGUUGUACAGAAAUG